CCGGGAGGUCCAUAGCCGUGACCAUCUCGUGGUACUAAUGGACGCCAACGCACGUACUGGCAGGAGGCGAGACGGAUGCUGCGAUGCCAAGAUUAUGGGCGCGUACGGACGCGACAUUAUGAACAACAACGGGGAACGACUUCUCGGACUGGCAGCAGACAACCGACUCUCCCUGAUCAACACCUACUUCCGGACACCGAAAGGAGGAGUGCAGCAUACGUUCCAGAGCUCCAACAAGGGGAAGGAGAAGCACCGCCUCGACUUCAUCCUCAUGCGACAGACGGACCGGCGUCUCGUACGUAAUGCCUCCGUCAAACGUGUCGAUUUCAAGGACUCUGACCACAACCUGGUGCAUACGACUGUCCGCUCCCCCCCCCGUGUCGCACCCAACCGACGAACGCGGGGAAACAGCGGAAGCAGCCGGAUCCGUAUCGACCUCGAACGGUUGAGGAAGGAUGUGCACCUACGGGCCGUCUUCCAAGACAGGGCUCUCAACCGCCCUCCGCCCACGGCCCUCAGCAGGCCAACGGGAGAGACCGCCGCCGAGCUCACCGCUGUGGUGAUGUCGGCCGCUGCGGAGAUCGCGCCGCUGGCGAGGAGCGCACGAGGGAAGGGAGGAUGGUACACGAGCGAAGCGCAGCACGAGAUUUCCGAAGCGUCUAGGGAGAUAAGAGUGGCCCAACAGCAGCUGCGCGGGGCCUCAAAGAACAGCGACUUAGAGACGACCCUGAAGGCGAAGCUCAAGGCGGCGCGGAAGAAACGCAGCAGCGCGAGGUGGAGAGCACUGGAAAAGUUCUUCGAGGGCUAUGUGAGGCAGCUCGAGAAGAAGAGCCGUGAGGGGGACCAGGCGGGUUUCUACAGGCACCUGAAGAUGAUCGACGUCGAAGGUAAGAGGCCACUUACCUCCCAGAACAUCAAGGACGAGGACGGUAAGGUCCUUCGGGACCCCACGCUUACCCGCCAGCGGUGGGCGCGGUGGUUCCACAAGCUCCUUAACACCAAGUCGCCGACCAUCGACCUGCAUGCGACCGACAGAGUCAAGCAGUGGCCCACGUGCGUUCCGCUCGACGACAUCCCGUCUCUAUUCGAGGUUGAGGAGGCGGUGCGGGGAAUGGCCAACAGGAAGGCCGUCGGGCCGGACGACCUACCGGCUGAGCUGAUCAAGCUGUUCCUGGAUGGAGACCGAGGCUUCCUCCGCGAAUUCCACGCCAUCGUCGUGGACGUGUGGCAGACGGGGAACGUACCGCAGCAGUGGAAGGACGCCACCAUCAAGGUUCUGUUCAAGAAGGGGGACACGAUGGAGUGCGGCAACUACCGGGGCAUCUCUCUCGUUGCACACGCCGGCAAGGUGCUGCUUAAGGUCGUUGCAACACGCCUAAGCCACUACUGCGAGCGAGAGGGCAUCCUCCCGGAGGAGCAGAGCGGUUUCCGCCCACACCGGUCGACGCUCGACAUGCUGUUCGCGAUCCAGCGGCUCCAUGAGCUCGCGAGGAAGAAGAGUACUGCGGUCUUCGCGUGCUUCGUCGAUCUCACCAAGGCGUACGAUUCGGUGGACCGAGAUCUGCUGUGGGACGUGCUCGGACGCUUUGGCGUGCCCCCGAAGAUGCUGGCGGUCAUUCGCCACUUCCACGAGGGCAUGAGGGCGCGGGUUCGAACGGACGACGGGCAGUACUCGGAAUGGUUUGACGUCGGCCAAGGUCUCCGACAGGGGUGCAACCUGGCCCCGCUGCUGUUCAACUUGUUCUCUGCCGCGAUGCGCAUGGUCGCAGUGACCGAGUUCGACAAGGACCCCAAGGUGACGGCGGAUAUGAUCAAGAUCGCAACACGAGUGGAGUGCACGGGCAAGAGGGGCAGGUCGGCGGGGAAGAAGGCGAUGAUGGUGACGGUCGCAGAGGCCCUGUGGGACAUGCUCUACGCUGACGACGCGGCCAUCGUCUCGCUCACGCCGGAGAGCCUCGAAAAGAUGAUGUCCAUCAUCGUGCGCGUGGCCGGCCUGUUCGGACUGAUGGUAUCGGAGCCAAAGACGGAGAUCAUGUGCAUGCUACCGAAAGGGCUGGGGGAACGCCCGUUCGCGGUCAGCGCCGCUGGCCAGACGUACAAGCAGACAGAUCGGUUUGUGUACCUCGGACGUACCAUCUGCGCGGAUGGGAAGGUCGACCGGGAGAUCACGAGCCGCAUCUGCCGAGCAUGGAAGUGCUACCGCCGGAACAGCACUUCGAUGUACGACAGGAAACGGGCCAACCGCCAGCUCAAGAUCCGACUACUCCAGGCUGAAGUGGUGCAGACCCUCCUAUACGGGUGCGCCUCGUGGAGCCUGGCAGCGGAGCACUACACCAAGCUGAAUGGGACCCACCGCCAGUUCCUGACACGGUGUAUCGGCUGGAGCAAGCGGAAGCGCUCAGACCGACCCCUGUCCUACGCCCAGGCCCUCAUCCAGGCCGGCUGCGAGGAAACCAUCGAGGCCACCGUGCGCAAACGGAGGCUGUGUUUUGCGGGCUUCGUUAUGCGCAUGGAGGACAACCGCCUCCCCAAGCGCAUGCUGCUGGGAGCGAUGGCGGGGGGUACCGGAUACCGGGGCGGGCAGGAGAGCGACUGGGUGUAUCGCCUAGGAGAGGACCUCGUGGCGUUUGGCAUGAAAGAGGAGAAGGAGGGGGGGAGAUGGAAAGAGAGCGCCAAGGACCAGGAGGCGUGGUACGACAAGAUCGAGGACGGGGCGGCAUGGUUCAUGAGGAAAUGGCACAGACAGGAGGCGGAAGCAUCCGCGAAGCGCCAGCGCCAGCGCGCGGAGGAAGCAGAGACGGAGAGUACGGCCGCCCCGGGCCUGAAGAGAAAGAGAAUCGGGGAAGCGGCGGGGGGGGGGAAGAAACGGCGACCGGACACUGCUGUAGAAGCGAGUAGGGCGGCCAAGGCCGCGCUUGCGGCGAACGACGUACCCAACUGAUGAUGUUGUCGCACCCUGUGUUCCCUUUUCCCUGCCGUAAGCUGUAUGCUCUUAGUAUUGCCUCCGGCCUCUCUUUGUGCUUUUCUUCUUUCUUUCUUUCUUGUUCUCCAUGCCCUCUCUACGAUGAUCUUGGACGAUACCUCGAGCUCCUUGUUAUUUUUGUUUUUUCCUUUGCUGGCUGCCUGCCACCUCUGCUGCCUCUUUGGUGCGGUGCCUACCCUACACUAAUGCGCUGGUGCAUACUGCACUGCUGUAGUACCUGGUACUGGUGUACGUUGUCCUUCGAUUUUUUUUUUUUUUUGUGGGAAUAUAUAUGUGUUUGUUUUUCGCCCCCCGUCUUGCUGCACCCCCUGGGGUGUGGUGCAGGGCGGGGGAUGCCUGGUCGGCGGGAACCCGGCACGGAACCCUCCGGCGUUGUAGGCGGGUGUGGGAAGCGUUCCCCGUUCUCCUUUUAUUUUAUUUUGAUCGGUCUCCUCGACGCUCUUUCUCGUUUGGUGCGGUAGCUGGUCUUUCUUUCUAUCAUUUUGUUUCUCUUCCGAGUGGUUUUUGUACCCUAUUUGUUUCUGUUUCUUCGUGGGGUCGUGUAUGCCGGGUUUUGAGACCACGGGCUCCCAAUCUUUUUUUUUUAGAGCUAAUGUGAGAAACAACAACAACAACAUCAACUGUUUACCGCAGGGGGUGCAGGCGUUGGUGCAGGUUUAUUUCUGGCCCUCCUGAGCGAAGCUGGCCGGGGAGUGAUCUCCUCCAUCCUACGGCAAGGCAGCACGCUGUACCCACCAGCUACACCACCACUGAAUGACGGAUGCACCAACUAUUCCUCCCUGAAGGGUAGUGACAAAUGGCUAUCGGGAUCGAUCCUGCUUCUUGUGCCCCGCUGUGUCAUCUAUGACGCGACAGCACUGGUAAUAUUGUUGUCUAUUGCCUACACGUGAGGGCGCGGGUUAUUUUGCAGGAUCAUGCGAUAUGCCAUGGUUCUCGUAAAAAUACUGCUCACCAGUAAACGAAUAAAAUUUUAUGCCCGCGACCCUGCAAAAAUACGAUAAUAUCGACGGGUGCGUUAUGGUGCGCUACCGUGUAGGGUUGCGGAGAUAAUGUGGACAACCACCGAGAUCCAAACACCUUUUUUUUUUUGUGCACCUUUUCGCGUCCAUCUUGCGCAGAAAGAUUACGUGAAGUCGCGAGAGCUACAAGCCUUGAAAGACACAUGGGGAGGAGAGCAGGCCGUGUUGGCGCAACUGCGGAAGCUGUUGCAAGGGGCGUCUGCUCUGAUGUUCGCAGUUCGUUCGCCGUCCUUCGAUAAGGCUAAACGCAACACGCUCAUGGAGCAUGCCCGGGACACGGUGGGGGUUUAUGCGGAGUUGCUAGGGAGGGUGAGACGUGAGGACAACCGUGCACUCUGCUCUGCACUACGUCCAGGCCAUUGAAGACCAUGGCCACAUGCCUGAUGCCAGCACGGGCGAACCUGCGCACCAAAGGAACAAGAAGGUCAAUCAUUC